AUGCAAGACGAACACAGGAGAGCUAUACAAAACAACUUUGCUUCCCUUGUCGAACAGACUGAUUUAGAUCACAUGGUUUCGACUCUGUAUGAAAAAGGAGUAUUUUCGGAACAAAUGAUCGAGCCCUACAAAGACUUAACUAAGGACGCAAGAUCACGCAAACGUUUACUGUAUAGGGAUAUAACAAGGCGAGGUCCUGAUGCAUUUAGGAAUUUAUUGGAUGCUCUCUCAGAUGCUGGUUAUUGGGAUUUAGUUCGGGAUCUUGAUCCCAAUAGCUCUUUACAUACAAGAAGAACCAAAAUAUCAGCACCAAGCACAAGUAUGGCUAAUGAAAAUGACUAUGUUAGUAUAAGUACUGAAAAGAAAAAGACCAAACCACGAGUUGAUGUAAAUAAAAAUGAUUCUACACCUAUCGCUAAAGAUACAACAGAUCUUAAUAUGGUACCUCAGUACAAUGUGAUUAAGUCAAGCAAAUUCUUUGAAGAUGGUGAAGAUAUAAAGUUAUACAACACCCGAGGACAUAAGAGAGGAAUUAUUGUAGUGUUUAGUUACAUUGAAUUUGUUAACAACAUUGAGACAUACCGAAAAGGAGUGGAUGUUGAUUGUCAGAAACUAAAAUACUUAUUUAGUGAAAUGGGCUUUCGAGUAAUAUCAUAUGAGAAUUUGACCAGAGAUGAGACGGUUACAACAUUAGAGAAUCUAAAAAAAGUAAUAGUUGGUGUAGAAUGUGUAUUCAUAGUAGUCUCUUCUCAUGGAUAUGAGCGGAAGUAUAGCUCAGAUACAGACAUUCGCUGUAAAGAUGGACAACUCAUUACCAUUUAUGAGAUUAUUGAUUAUUUUAAUAAUAAGAACUUUCCUGCAUUGCAUGGAAUCCCAAAGGUUUUUAUCUUUCAGCUAUGCAGGGGUUCGAAUGUGGAAUACAUUGAUGGCCCAAUUAGGUUUGUAUCACCAGACGAUCCAAGCCCUCCAGCCGAGCGCGACGGAAAUCCCAUGACUGAUACUGGUCGCUUCUCCCAAGACACACCUCGCACCCCUCUCAACAAGCGAAAUAGACUUUUCUCUGAUAUUCUAAUCGCGCAUUCAACACUGCCAGGUAAUGUUUCAUACAGGGAUCCAGAGGAAGGAUCAUGGUAUAUUCAGACAUUGUGCGAGGUGUUUGCGGCUCGGGCCCAUGACUGCCACGUAGAUAAGCUAUUCACACUCGUCGACCAACACCUACAUGAACGAUUUCACAUACAGACCUCGUCUGUUGACAAAUGGGGUUUCAACAAGAGACUCUACCUACAUCCUGGUCUCUAUCAGGACUGA